UGGCUUGUCCUUACCACCCUUCUUAAAAAGAGGCAACAUGUCAGACAACCUCCAGUCUUCCAGCACGUAACCUAUCGACUAUUCGUUGGGACAGGUUGGUAAAUGUCUUCCACUAAUACCAGUGGAUGCUCGUUCUGUUCUUCCUUUUCAGUCCCAGAUGGAUCAAUGUUUGUUCAGCAACGAUAUGAACGGGAUGUGUCCAAAGCAAUAUAUGUGGAGCUCGGCCGCAGAUCAAGCAUUGUUUAUUGGAACAGGUUCGAAGUGUUGGUCUACUGCUGUUCCUGUGAAUGUAGCUAAUUAAUUGGAAGGGCGAGCAGAGUAUGGAGAGAGCAGCCUCCUGCUGCUGUUUCUGAACAUAUCGCCUUCUGUUGCAGUGAAUCUUGCGCUCCAUGGGAUCAUCCAAGGUAGGAAGAAUUGAAAAUUUUUUGCAAAACCAUUUGGAAAUUUGGAGACUUGCUGGCCCCAAUUGUUCUCCGUACUUUUCAAAAUUUGCAUCGAAUGGAAUUUGAUUCCAGUCUUUCUGGUCCAAGGUUAGGCUUUGUCUCUGAAACAUCAGAAUCAUUUUUAACUUCUUUCCAUGGAGGAUACCCCACCAGUUACAAUGACAACCAAUGGCCAUUUUCUUAGACUUGGUCACAUUGGGUAGAGUCCAUUCAGCAUAUCUGAAUCAAAGUUUAACUCCAACACUAUAUUUCAAAUGGGCAUGCGAUUUAAAACAGGGUGUUUGGGAAAACACAGUUUUACGAUCAUUUUGAGCAGGAGAACAUUGUAUUAUUUAAAUGGAGAGAAACGUCAGAGAGCUGCAAUACAAGGAGACUUGGCAGGUACCUGGGCAUGAAAAACAAUAAGCUAGCACAUCGGAGGCAGCAGGUAAUCAGGAAGGGCGGAGGCAAUGUUGGUCCUUAUUUCAAGGGUUUGGAUCAGAAUAACAAAGUUUUAUUGCAAAUGUACAAGGGAUGGGAGGUACGUUGAUGCUAACAUCAUUGAACGUCAACAGGCGAUGUUUGGAUUCUCUCUUACUGGAGAUUGUCUCUGCCUGGUAAAUUGAGUAAUAUUUGCGUGGGGUGGGGCCGUCUUCGGCAGAACAUAGAAAACAUUUGGACGUUUUCUCCUUUGAGGUUCACUGGUCAAGUUGAGAUUAAACCAAAGCGUUGGGUAUCACUGAAAACGUUUCACACUGUAAUAAAGCUGUUUUUUUAUGGCUAAACAUACUCGGUGUAGUUAACUCUUCUAAGAAGCAGAUACACUGAUACCUGUCAGUGAUCAGCCAUUCAAAAAGAAAUGAAACUCGCUAAAUGAUUGGUGUCACAGUAAUGAUAUGUCAAGAAAUCCAGGGUUAGUUGCCAAUGAAAUGCAUCAAGUUCAGACCUUUUUUUAUUCCUGUAUUAUUCGGUCAGAAGUCAAGGUGAAAUAAAGCUCAAUGUACCGUAUGCCAGUACACUGAGGCUGAACUGCACACUGUGUUUAUAAUAGUGAGAGGUCAACAAGAUGCAAUGAUUGGAUUCACAAUCCUCUUGCUUCUCUCUCGCUUCAGCUUUUGGCAGGGACACGAUUUAUGUAUAUCCCUCAAGUGGAUUCGUAAAAGAAGGAGAGACUUUAAAAUUGGAAUGCCGAACACUUAAAGGAAGAACGGUUUAUUGGUACAAAAAUGGCGUGAAAAUCAUUGAGACACAGCGUAAUGUUGUUGAAAUGCUUGUUAAUAGAGAAACUGGUGGGUUUUACUGCUGCAGCACAACUUUCUCACAGUACUGCAUGAUACCUGGAAAAGGCGUCGUGACCAUUUCUGACGAAGCUCUAACUCUGGAAGUAAAACCACAACAUGCACUGAGAUAUGAGAAGAUUGUAAUGACCUGCCAGACUCCAUCCCAGAACCCGAGAGGACGAAAGUGGUUCCGAUGGUAUCGAAAUAAUAGGUUAAUGGAAAAAGCUACGUACGAGUCACUCACGAUAGAAAGUGCAGCGUUUUCAGAUGAAGCACUCUAUCGGUGUGAGUUAAAAAUUGCCUAUAGAAAAUGGGUUUCGAACAUCAUAAACCUCACAGUAUCAGAACGCUUUGCCAAGCCCCUGCUGAUGGUGGAGCCAGCGGCUGAAGUAUUCGAGGGGCUGUGGCUUACGCUGACGUGCACUGCCCAGGCAGCACGGCCCUUCAUCCGGCUUCACUACACGUUUUACAGAGACAGCGCUCUGGAGGCCGGACCUGAUCAUGGCAGCAUAUACACCAUCAAUGCAGUAGCUGCAAACGUUUCUGGGAGUUAUGCCUGUGAAGCGAUCGAUACGGUUUACAGUCUGAGGAAGAAGAGCGACAGCAUUCUCAUUUCCAUUAAACAGGCGUUCGCUCUCCCUAUGCUGAAAAUUCACCCUGGGGGACAGCUGCUUGAUGGCCAACGGGUUAAACUGGUCUGCUGGGUUGAAGAGAAUCCCUCUCAAGCUUCGUUGCGGUACAGCUUUUACAGAAAUGGGGCCCCUCUCCAGUCCCCAUCCGACCAUAGUGAUUACAUCUCUGAAUCAGCUCAUCCAGCAGACUCGGGUACUUACCAUUGUGAAGUCACGGACGGGAAGGUGUGGAAACGCAGUAAUCAGCUCCAUUUGUCCAUCAAGCGAAUUCCAGUGUCAAAACCACUUCUAAUAAUUCAACCCAGAAAUGAACUAAUCGAAGGAAACGCAGGAUCUUUAAUCUGUUCCGUCUCCAAUGGCUCUCUUCCGAUUUAUUACCAAUUCUACAAGGACCCAAGCGAGGAAUUUUAUUGGAGGGUUUCCAACAGCACUGAACUUGUUUACAACAUUGGAGCCGUCAGCAGAAGGCACGAAGGGUUUUACCAUUGCUCAGUGAGUAAUGAAGCAACAGUCCGUCUGCACAGUGAAGGCAUAGAGAUCAUAGUGAUAGUUCCUGUCGCAGAUGCUAUGCUGAUUUCCUGCACUAACAGCACUGAGAUACAGUCCAGGGAGCGUCUUGUUCUCCAGUGUCUGGUGAAGGAAGGCACUGAGCCCCAGUUCGUUUGGUACCGUGACAACGUGAUGAUGAGAAAUGGCAGUGCAAGCUACCAUGUGACUGCCAAUGGUAGUGAACUGGUUAUUCAUUCAUUCCAGAGAGACAAUGUCGGGAAGUAUCACUGUGCAGCAAUCAACAAAGGAACCAACAACACCAUUUUCAACGUGACCAGCAACUCUAUCAAUUUCACGCUGCGAGCUCGGAGUUAUUACAUGGAGAUCGCGGCCUUACUCCUCCCAGUUCUGCUGCUUGCCAGCCUGAUCGUGUUGGUGCGCUUCAUCCACCGGAGGAGAGACACAGGCAAUUCCUCAACUGUGUCACCGCCCAGAAGAUCCCAACCUUCUGUUGAAGGGGCAGCAGUCAGCAAUCUAGAGUAUGCAGCAGUUGGAGCAGCACAGAAUACUGAAAACACCUCUGCGGAUCUGGUUUAUUCAGUGGUCACCAUCAAGAAAACAAUGGAGGCUGGCAACAGUCCUGGUGUCUCCUCCGAUGGGAAGAAGGGUGCCAAGACUGACCACGAUGAAUAUUGUGUCACAUACGCCACACUGAAACUCAGCGAAUCCUCGCAAGAAGAUGAUAGGACAGACGAAAACAUUUAUGCAAAUAUUCCACGCAAGUAAGAAGCAAGUAGACAGACGGGCGAGAAGGGAUUGGGUUUGUUAGAUUCUUUCAACCGUCUGGUGAAGAGAUACAAUGUAACCCCCGUGUACAGAUAACAAACUUAUGAACUAUAUGAAAGAAACCUUAUUUCACAAGGCAUUUGACGCCACUCACUGUCUUCUGGGAAGGUGUUUUUUUAUGUGACUUAGACGGUCAAUCUAAUCUGGACUUCGCAGUCACUUAGUUUUGAAUUUACAAAACUCUUUAAGCUGCUAGUGCUCUUUCGAAGAGAGUGUUUUCUUCGCUAUCAUGUACAUAUAUGAGGUUUGAGCUUUUAAGUUGCUCCACGUUUAAGGGAAGGAAUACAUCCUCUGUCGCCUUUUGUGAAUAGACGAUUAGGAACCUCUCCCAUUCUCACUAACUUUGAACAGGACGUGUCUGAGGGAUCGAACAGGCUGGAGAUACUAAAACAGAAACCGGGAAGUUUCAAAGGUUAUUAUUUUAGAGCGAAAGUGUCCUGAGGCCUGGGGCUUCAACUCACAACUCACGGAUAGGACGGACACUAAGCCACCAGCCAUUGACGAUCCGGAUGGAGGAGGCACGAUUGACAGGGAGUAUGUACGGAAGAGAAUAGAUCUCGCAAUGAUUCAUCAACGUGUUGGAAGCCUCGGCCUGUCUUUCUGACAUUUCGAACCCCAUUGUGCGUAUGUAUGGAGUUUCUCUCGCUGCAGAUAUUUUAGAAACGCCACGGUAAUAGAGAUGGGGAUGCCUGACACCUCCAAAGCAGCAGACGUGAACUUGGAAAAGGGAAGCGAUGUCCUGGUGGUUUUAUCAGUGUACUGUUAAUCCAAAGACCUCAGUCAUAUUCUGGGGACCCGGUGCGAAUCGCAUCAUGGUAGAUGGUGGAAUUAGUAUUCAACAAAAUUCUGGAAUUAAGACACGGAUGCUGACUGUGAAUCGAUUGUCACUAACAUCGAUUUUGGGAAGGAAACUGCCAUCCUUACCUGGUCAGGCCUGCAUGUGACUCCAGACCCACAUCAAUGUGGUUGACUCUUAACUGCCCUCUGGGCAAUUAGGGAUGGGGAAUAAAUGCUGACCUAUCCGGUGAUGCCUUUCUGCAUUGAAUAAAAGGAAAGUUGGCCACUCAGUCCGGAGGAAGCUAAACUACCAGGACAACACAUAAGGGCACGGCUUGAUAAAAAUGCAGGCUUUGCUAAAGAUGUUAAUAUUUUAACACCGCCCUCGUACUGAUCUGAAAACUGCUGCCCACCAAGAAAUGAGCAGUAUAGGUCUGGUGACAAACUGAUAAACACCAUCAGGGACAAAGACAGCGUGAGGGCCGACGGUUUUGGUCAAUAGGUGCCAUGUGUAUUUGAACGGAAAAGCAGGACUAUGCCAUUUAAUUAGAAGAGAUCGGAGCGAACAAAGACUGUGCUUGAGUCAUCGGUUUCUAAACACCAUGGCUCCUCAUUCAGGCAAAGAACGUAGGGCAUUGCUGAUAAGGACAGCGUGUGUGCCCUGAUCAUCGAGUCAUAGAGUCAUACAGUACUGAAAUAGACUCUUUCACCCAACACAUCCAUGCUGACCAGACUUCCUAA